AUGCCACCUCCUCCUCGCCGUCAACCGCCUCACGACGGCCCCGCACCAGCUUCCCCACCUUCCUCCGUCGCUCCCACCGUCGACGACGUCGGCAAGGGCUCGUACGCUCACGAGGACGCCCUCUCGGCCCACGACGGCGAGUUUACCUGGACCGAGGACGAGGAGCGUCGAGUCGUCAAGAAGACGGACCGCAACCUCAUGCCCGUCCUGUGGGCCCUCUUCAUGUUGUCCUUUCUCGACCGCUCGAGUGCGUCGAGCCACGCGAAAACCGCCGGCAUGACCAAGGACCUGGACAUCACCGACGCCCAGUACCAGUGGCUGCUCACUAUUUUCUACAUCGGCUACGUCGUCGCGACCCCGUCGAUCCUCCUGUGGAAGCGCAUACCGCCACACGUCCUCGUCGCGGCGCUCACGCUCCUGUGGGGCGGCUUUGCGCUCCUGCAGAGUGCCGCGAGGUGGGAGGGGUUAAUGGCUCUGCGGUUCCUUUUGGGCGUGUCCGAGACCUGCUUUGCGCCAGGCGUUACGUUCUACCUGUCGUUCUUCUACGAUCGGCGUCAGGUCGGCUUUCGGCAAGGGCUCUACUUUGGCGCCGCCGCCAUCGCGUCCUGCUACGCCGGCGCUCUCGCAUACGGCAUCACGCAGAUGAAGAACCCGGCGAUCCCGGCGUGGAAGGCCCUGUUCCUCAUCGAGGGCGCGCCGGCGCUCCCCAUGGCCGUCGUUGCCUACUUCUUUCUCCCCGACCGUGCGAGCAAGGCGAGGUUCCUCACGCCGCGAGAACGCGAGAUCGCGCGUCUGCGGUCGGGCGCAGACGGCCGCACCGGGCGCGAGGGCGGGCUCGACCUCAAGAACGUGUGGGAGGGCCUGAGCGACCCCAAGGCCUACAUCACGGCGCUCAUCUACUUCAGCAGCAACGUCUCGUACUCGAGCCUGCCCGUCUUCCUCCCGACCAUCCUAUCCGAGAUGGGUUACUCAUCAAUCCGGGCGCAAGGCCUGUCUGCGCCGCCGUACCUCGCCGCCUUCUUCGUCAUCGUCUUCGUUUGCUGGUUGAGCGACCGGUGGGGCGACCGCACGAUCCUCAUCAUCCCGCUCUCGCUCGUCGGCGCCAUCGGGUACCUCAUCCUCGCCCUCGUCGAGACGACAGGCGUCCGGUACUUUGCGAUCUUCCUUUGCGCGACGGGCAUCUUUCCCGUCAUCGGCCUCGCGUUGCCGCUCACGGCGUCGAUGCACGAGAACGACUCGAAGCGUGGCGCCGGCUUCGUCCUUCUCAACCUCAUCGGGCAAUGUGGUCCUUUCCUCGGGACUCGGCUCUACCCGGCUCACGAAGGGCCGUACUACGUCAAGGGCAUGUCGAUCGCGUGCGGCUUCAUGUUCUUCGUCACGCUCCUCGCCGUCCUCCUCCGGCUGUGCGUCCCCCCUUUUCCUCCUUCUCAGGCCUCGAGCCUCAGCGAGGUCACCCUCAAAGCCGGACGACGACCUUCAACGCCCUCUCGCGCCCACGUCGCAGCCUCCUGA